UACCAUGCAAGACGGAGGGUAAAGCCAUCUCCCGUCUCAGCAACAUGUUUCUGUUGAAUAUCAUCAUCUGUGCCAGCUGCAUUCUGUCCCUCCCUCAGUGCACGCAUCAGUCAUGCACCGAUGGGAAACCCAGGCAGUGCGAAGAGGCUGAGUUUAUGCCGGGUACCACUUUGGCUGGGGAAGGCUUCGACAUCACCAAACUGCAGCGUAUGGGGGCCUUUGUGAUCGACAUGAAUCAGUGGAAACGCAAAGACAAAACGUGCACACUGUGUAGCAACCCCUACCUGGAGAACAAAUGGCAGAAGCUCCCCUUGUCUGUGGUGGACUGGAGGGCAACGCACUCCUGCAGCAGUAAAGUGGCCAGUCAACUCCACGACUCCAGCGAGUCUCUGGUCAGUUCUAGCUCUGCUUCUAUUGAAAACAACUGGCAGGUCGAUCUAGAUGUUGAUUUGGGCAAAAGAAAGGGCUCACUGAUGUUGGCCGGUGCCCAUUCUAAACUGGCUGAGUAUUCCAACGAAAAGACCAAGGACGACAAGUUCAGCUUCUCAAGUCAAGGCAUUUCCUGUGACUAUUACAGCUACAGAGUGAGCGGCCGUCCCAGGCUGCACAGAGAGUUUAAAAUAGCAUUGAAACAGCUUCCCAAAGCAUACAGCCCUGAAUCCAAGCAACGAUUUUACAGCCUGAUUGACAACUACGGCACACAUUACAUCACUAAGGUAAAGUUGGGGGGAAGUGUCAAAUCUGUGACCAGCAUCAAGCAGUGCCAGGUCAGCCUGCAGGGCCUCAGCACAGAAGAGGUGCAGUCGUGCCUGGAGGUUGAGGCUUCUGUCAGCGUUGCUGUGGCUACGGCUAAAGCUCAAAGUAAAUACUGCAAAAAGGACGCUAACAAUAUGGACAGUAAAUCAUCUUUCUCCAGCCUCUUCAGUGACAGGUUCACAGAAAUAAAGGGAGGCCACACCACGGAGCCUGAUCUUCUCUAUUCUGCUGACAAAGAUCCAUCAGCCUAUAAGGAAUGGCUAACCACACUGCCACAGAAUCCAGACAUCGUCUCAUAUUCCCUGAAGUCAAUUCAUGAGUUGCUGCCUGUUAACACACCUCUCCGGAAGAACCUGCGCUCAGCCAUCAGCCAUUACAUCCUGGAGAAAGGCCUGUUUAGGAACUGCAGUGAAAGCUGUCAGGCCGGGAUCAAGAGCGACUCGAGAGAUCCGUGUGUCUGCCAGUGCCACAACGAUCCUGCUGUAAACCGAGACUGCUGCCCGGCCCGUAAGGGCAUGGCACAGGUAACCAUAACCGUACAGCGGGCCACUGGUCUUUGGGGUGACAGCACGACUUCCACAGAUGGUUACGUGAAGGUGUAUUUCGACGGAAAGUUCGUGCAGCAGACUCCUGUCAUUUGGAACAACAACGACCCACACUGGGCCAUGGUGCUCUCCCUGGGCUCUCAGGAUUUGUCCUCACUCCCUAAGGUGAGAUUUGAAGUGUGGGACGAGGACAGCAAAUGGGACGACGACCUGUUGGGAGACUGUGAGAAAGUUCUGUCUGCUGGUGUCAAGGCGGAGGCGUGCAAACUGCAGCACGGCUGGCUGUUCUACAAAUGGGAGGUGAAAUGUGCCCCGAGCCUGGGUGGAGAUGCAUGCAUUGAGUACAAGGCUUCACCAAUGAGUCCGAGCCUGAAGAGGCUGUAUGUGUCCCGUCAUGCCCACCCCCUUCCAAAGGCCCUCCUUUUAGAGAUGGGGGUGUUUGUGGACGCAUCAAGCUCCCAGGGGAACCAGAGUCUUCCAGCUGAGAGUCACAUGUUUGACGUGGUGUAAUCUGAGGCCAACGUAGCGGCUGCAAUUCAAUUGUGAAGAACGUUCCUAAUAUUAUGUUCAAUUUGCUACAGUAUAUUCUAUAUUAAAGCCUUUGACUAGCAGUUUCUAUGCAUGCAUUGUAAAUGAAGCUUAUAGAUAAUUGAAAUUGAAUGUUUUAAAUGUAUAAAACAAUAAAUACAAAAAUAAAAGUUGUGGCAGACAAGAUCUUUUUAUUCCUUAUGAAUACAUGUAUAUGUAAUACAUUGUGCCCAUUUCAUCAAAGACACACUGGUCUGAUACAUAUUUUGUGUAAUGAAUCUGUAGCACAAACAUUUAUAAUAUGUGCUGGACUGUUUUAUGCAUUAAUCACGCUGUCACUUUGUUUAUCUUGACACGAUCAUUAUUUAUCCCCAAUAAA